CAUACUCCGUGAUCCACAAAACUCUCAACCACAUUUCUCCCUCGUCCCUUUUCCCCUCGAAACCACACCCGGAGGCGUCCUCACACCCUCCCCCCUCGCCUCUGCCACGAGCCACAAUGUCCUCCUCCUCCUUCUCCUCCGCAAGCCCCGCCGAGACUCCUCUCGUCAUCGACCAAACCACUAUCCUCUCCCUCCUCUCCACCGUCUUUCUCCUCGGCGCCGCCUACGCUCUCUCCCGCCGGGUCCAGCCCGCCGCAACCACGACAACGACACAACGCGUCCUCUUCAUAUGGCACAUGUUUGACGCCUUGAUCCACUUCCUAUUCGAAGGAUCCUUCCUAUACAACUGCUUCUUCGUGUGGUCUAGCACGGCGGGUCCGUCGACCACGAAUUUCCUGUCGCAGCCCUUGCGACGAUACGGCGCCAAUUACGGCACGUCUGCGACUGCGCAACUAUGGCAGGAAUAUGCCAAAGCGGACGCGCGCUGGGGCGAGGCCGACUUGUGCGUCGUGUCGCUGGAGAUAUUGACAGUGUUUGGCGGCGGGCCGUUGGCCGCGUGGAUCUGCGAUAUGGUUCGCAGAGGAGAUGAUCGGGUGUGGUUCUGGGCGACGGUGCUUGCGACGGCGGAGCUGUAUGGUGGCUUCAUGACAUUCGCUCCGGAAUGGCUCAGCGGCAGCUUGAGCCUCAACACGAGUAACUUCAUGUACAAAUGGGUCUACCUCUUCUUCUUCAACACCCUGUGGGUGUGGAUCCCGUUGUGGGUUCUGUACGAAGCAUACCGCAACAUCCAAGGCGCAUUUACCUCAUCUGCGAGCGCCAAAUCAAACGGCCCAGUGAAGAAGAGCAACUAAAUUCAUAUGUAUGUGUGUGAGAGAGAGAGAGAGAGAGAGAGAGAGAGAGAGAGAGAGAUCAGCAUUUGUGGAUAAGGUUUUCUGAAAAUAUCGACUAUAUAGAUAUAUAAUAUCAUGAUGGACGCAGCGCGUAAAAGGGAAUGGGCUUUGGCAUUGGCAUGUUAUAGGGAGUAGUAUAGAGACAGUAUACGGACCGAACAUAGAGCGCGUAUAAUAAGAAAACGCUACAUGACGCGAUCACGGAAUCAGAAUAUAUCCAAAAUAGAAUCAAAGAUAGGAUUCCGCUAUGCCAAUUUAAAUCUCAUCAUA